CAGAGGCCAUCGUCGUUGCCUUUGUUUGUCGUCAGCGGCCGCAAGAGAACCAGUUUCCCUUCGCUUUAGUCCCCGCACACCUCCGCCUCUUCGGUUGCACGUUACGGUUCUCCAGAGAUACGCUGACUUGUGUUGUGAGCGGUCGCGUCUAUCACCGGCAGCUGUGUCCGAGUUCGUCGUUCCCUGGCACGUCGGCUGAGGAACCGUCGUCGCAAUGGAUUCGGAUGCGGUCUUACUCAACGUGUCCAAGCUGGAAAGUGAAAACUUGAAGAGCGUGCAAGGGAUUGACAAUGUGGCACUGGACCUAUCUACUGCUCUGGAUGUUCCUAAGCUGUCAGCGAACGGACACGCGUCCAAUGGCAGCUCCAUGGAGAAGGUGAACGGAAGUCGGAACUACGAGAGCAUCAGACUCGAAUGGAAGAACCUUACGUUCAAAGUCAAGAGCGGCAAAGAGAAGAAGGCCCUGGUGAGUAACCUGAGCGGCCUGGCGCGUCCCGGAACCUUGACGGCCAUCAUGGGUCCCUCGGGGGCCGGCAAGACGACGCUGCUCAACCUCCUCACGGGAUUUUACGACAAGAACUACGAGGGCGAGGUUCAGAUCAACGGCUACGUCCGCGACCAGCAGCUGUUCAACAAGCAGAGCUGUUACGUCAUGCAGGAGGACAGGUUGCUACCGGCCCUAACAGUGCACGAGGCCAUAACCAUGAGCGUGGAGUUGCGCAUGCCCAUGAUGAAGGACCAGGAAAAAAAAGAAAAGGUGCACCAGUCCAUCGAUGAGUGGGGGCUCUUCGAAUGUCGGAACACCAGAACAGAAAACUUGUCCGGGGGACAGAGGAAGCGCCUGGCCAUUGCCCAGGAACUGGUCAACAACCCUCCGGUGCUGUUUCUUGACGAACCCACCAGCGGGUUAGACAACGUUUCUAGUCUGAUGUGCGUCGAAAUCCUGAAACGCCUCGCCGAACAGGGCCACACCGUCAUCUGCUCCAUACACACUCCGAGUGCGAAAAUAUUCUCUCACUUCGACAUGCUUUACAUGGUCUCACAAGGUCGCUGCAUUUAUAACGGCCAGGUGGACGGUCUUCUAGGCUUCUUGUCAAAACACAACCUCAACUGUCCGCACUACCACAAUCCCGCCGACUACAUUGCUGAAGUGGCAGCCGGCGACUACGGAAACUACGUGGACAAGCUGUCCAGUGAAUUCACGCUACCCCUACCCGUCGGCUCGAGCAACGAAGUUGAGAAGUUUAGGACAAAGUACGGUGGACGUAUCAUGAGCGCCGAGGUGAAGACGGAAGUGAACCGAAAUUAUUCGUUCAAGGUUAAUCAGAGUCAUCAAUUCAAGGUGCUUCUGAAACGAUGCUGGCUCUCGAUGGCCAGGAACAAGGUGGCCACUCCGCUGCGCUUUCUAGCGUAUGUUGCCUUCGCCAUCAUGAUCGUCAUGUUGUACUACGACAUUGGCAGAAAAGCGACCACGGUCCUGAACAACGCCAACAUGUACUUCGCUAUCUGCUGCAUAUGCAUCUUCCAGUCGCUCCUUCCGGCCGUGAUUGUCUUUCCCAUUGAAAUCUCCGUUCUGAUGAGAGAAAAUCGGAAUUGCUGGUACAGCAUCAAAGUGUACUACCUGGCGAACUACAUCACGGAGAUACCGUUCCUGACGAUCCCCAUUGCGCUGCUGAUCGGCAUCUCGUAUUACCCGACGGCCCAGCCGCUUGUUCUGUGGCGGGUGGCCGGUGUCAUGCUCUUCUGCAUUCAGCUGUGUUCGGUGACGCAGUCGAUGGGGCUCAUCGUGUCAGCCGUCACCAAGCUUCAGACGGCGGUGUUCGUGGCGAUGCCCGUGGUGUCGCCGUCCUUCUUCUUCAGCGGCUUCUUCGUCCAGGAGCACCUGCUCAGCCCCUGGGUCAGCUGGAUCACCAAGUUCUCGCCGAUCCACUACGCCUACCACGGCAUGCUGCUCUCAGUGUACGGCUACGACCGCGAGCCGCUCGAGUGCGACGACUUCGUCUGCCUGUACGAGAACCCCUCAGACUUCCUCGAGUUCACCGGGACUUCGGAAAAGAAGUUCUACGCCCUCAGCCUCUCGCUGGUAGCCUUCGAGGUGGCCUUUAGGUUACUGGCCUUCGUCCUCCUCAAGUUCCGACUCUCCAAGAGGGAGUGA